CAUUUUCGUCCUGAACAUAAGGGUUCGGUUGGAUAGAAAUCCAGUAUGCAUCUGUCCCUGCAAUUGUUACUCAGUGUUCUAGGAUUGUCUCUAGCAGACGACAUUUGGAACUUUGGUGACUGGGAUGAUGACUAUUCAUACAACGGAUAUCAACCAACUGGUUUACUGCGUGGUGGUAGCCAAAGUUUUAUGAGAUAUCCAACUUAUCGCAGUUACAACAGGGGAAGUCGAGGUGUAUCAUCAGGAUUUCGAGGAAAUCGAGGAGGAUCGUCAGGAUUUCGAGGAAGCCUUGGAUCCACCGGACUCUCAUAUAAUACUGGGUAUAGUCAAAAUAAAGGAUACGGUUCCUAUGGUAACAGUUAUAGCGGAAGUCGAGGUUAUGGCUCCAAUGGCAUCAACUAUGGUAGUGGAAUGUUAACGACUGGAUCCUUAGGUACGUCGAUAAGGCCAUCAGGGAGGUCUAGAUAUUAUUCGAAAAGUUCAUCAAUUAUUAGACCAAGAGGCAAUAUUGGAAACAAUUUUGGAAUAAGGUCUCUCAAUGACGACGACGAUUUUGAUGAUAUCAACAUUGGUGUUCUUGGUCCUUCUGUUGCUAGGGCACAAACCGGAAGUCGAUCUGUACGACCAACAAUUAAGAAUCAUCAAAGAAAAUCUGCUAUUAGACCUUUAAUAAACAAUGUGCCGUCACCGAUCAAUAUUGGAAGAUCUUUUGAUAACGACGAAGAUGAAAUAAAUAGAGGAGUUCUUGGGCCUGCUGUUGUUAGAAGCGGAGGCAGUAGAGCUUCCAUACGGCCAAUAGCCAAGAAAACGUAUCACAGGAAACUAGCCUCUGUUCGAACCACUGGUAGUGCUGGUGUGGCACCAUCACCUGUGAGAACAUCUUUUGACGACAACGGAGAUGACUUUGACGACGAUAAUGGUAUUCUAGGUUUCAGUUCUGCAGGUCGACCUUCUGGUAUAGCAAGAAAAAUAUCUCCAAGACUGGGAUCCAUUGGUAGAUCAUCUAUUGGAAUACAACCAUCGUUUGGUAAUGAUAGAGAUGACUUUGACGACGAUAAUGGUAUUCUAGGUUUCAGUUCUGCAGGUCGACCUUCUGGUAUAGCAAGAAAAAUAUCUCCAAGACGGGGAUCUAUUGGUGGAUCAUCUAUUGGAAUACAACCAUCGUUUGAUAAUGAUAGAGAUGACUUUGAUAGAGAUAUACAAGACGAUUUCAAUGGGGAUUUUCAAGAUGACUUUAAUGGUGGAAUACGUGGGGCGUCUAUAAAUAGAAAUGGUGGAAUACUUGGGGCGUCUGUAAAUAAAGCUGGGCCGACUUCAACGGGAUCAAUUACAGGUAGUCUGGGACCUGCUAUAAACAGGGGUGGACAUUCAUCGCAGUCAAAAUCUACUUACUACCACAGAAAACCACACCAGAAUAUACAUGUAACGCAUGUACAUAAAUAUCGACCGGAUUACGAUGAAGACAAUUUUGGAAGUGCACCAGUAUUUAACAGUAGACCACUAUACGGUGGAUAUGCUGGAUAUGGUACACAGUAUCCACAAUAUGGGUCAUAUGGUUAUAGAAGCGGUAACAGUUAUGCCAAUGGAGGCGGAUUUGGAAGCGGAAACUUUGGUGGUGGAUCUGGUUUUAGGGGUCGCUUCCGAGGUUCUGGCGGAGGAAGUGGUGGACGUGGCGGUUCCGGUUCCGGUGGUGGAGAAAGUGAUGAUUUUGAUUUCGAUGAUGACGAAAGUGCAGGAUCUAGCGGUAGUUCUGGCAGCGGAGGUGGAUUCGGCGGUGGAUUUAAUGGUCUGGGUGGUAUUGGUGGUGUAGCAGGACGAUUUGUCGGUGGAGGUUUUGGAUCAGUUGGUGGUAUUGGUAGUAUCGGUGGCAACCAAGGUCGCUAUUACGGAUAUGGAGUAUAUCCUAACAGUAAAAAUAUUAACCACUAUGCUAACUAUAAGAAUAGUUACAGAAAGUCAUACUAAUGGAUUUUAUGACCUGUGGACAUAUUGACUGGACAAAGAGGUCAUAUUGGUCAUUAUGAGAUUUGACAUGUCAUAUUUACGUAUGUCAAAGUGUGACUUCAUGCAAUAAACUGACUGAUUUGUGAGAAUCUAUGGGAGGUUAUCUGUCUUCAAUCCGGUUUACAACUUGUUAGAUCUCGAAACUGAUAAGUUUUUAAUAAAUGUAUUAAACUGGU